AUGGCUAACCAGGAGAUUGAUUACAUCUUUCAUCAUGUUUUCCUUCCUCCCCAGCUUCCUCAGUCCGAUGAUUUCAGUGUUCACUAUGAGACGGCACUUGUUUCAUGCGUUCUUGAUUGUCUUGUUAAGUUCAAAAAUAAUGUGUCAAAAGAAGAGUCAGCGGCUGUUCAGUCAGCGAUUGGAUUGAUUCAAGCCUUCAUUCGAGUUCAUAUCGAUCUUGCAGGCACGACUGCUGUUAGUGAAUUCGAGCUCUGUGAAGUUUUGCGGGACCUUGACUGUGUGGGUAGGUUACGCAUGCUAUCCUAUGACUUAGGUGCAUCAACUUACAGUUGUACAGGCGGAGUCGUCCCGCUUCAUAUCCGAGCGCAGAACGCCGGAGUCCUAAUUACCAAGACAAUCAGCGAUAUGCACAUCGAAACAUUCGAGCUGUCUCCAGAGAACAAGGCUGUCGUCUCGACCAUUGGUCGACUUCGCAGGUGCUUUCCCGGCUCCGCUAUAGCCAUUGACCUUCAAACGACUUGUCAGGAGGGCUUCAUAGAAAAUCUAGCUGCAACGUUGGCACAAAUGAGUAGCCAAAGCGCUCCCGACACUCAGCCAUUGGUCAAAAAAGCAGGGCAGCUCCACCAAGAGAUUCGAGAUACGACACACCCCAAGAUAGUCACCGAACUCCUCAACGCCUAUUUGCUAGUCCUUGGACGCCCCCUGCCUGGCACAAGGCUGUGGAAGAACACUAGAGAAGAAGUCCUUUGGAGCGACUGCCACCUCCCAUGGCGUAGGUCGCCCACGUGGCUGCUGAUUCGAGUGGCUUUGCAGCUUGUGUUUGGUCGACGAUGUGUGGAGUUGGGGCUGUCUGAAGAUCUUUACAAAAUCUUCAUGCUGUUUCUCGUGGCAGAGAUCCUCAAUCAGAGUCUGGGGAACGAAAUACCUUCAGAGACUCUCAUUCUUAUGAACGCAAAAGUUUCACGGCGUCUUCACAAGUUGGAAGACGACCGUGAAGGGCUUUGGCUGUCACACGUUCGCCAGACAAUGUGUCGCGCCAACGAGAUUCUCGCCGCGAGAUGGUCGGCAAUCCAGCAGCGGGACGCUCCGCCUCUCAACCUUGAUCGCUUGAGAACCUUGGAUUUCGAAAAAGACACCAUCAUGCACUUACCUGAACUUGACCAGUUUUUGGCUCAGCUCUGCCACCGGCAAAAAACGACUGAGCCCUCUGACUUCACUCCAAGCUGGGCUCUGGCCAAGACUAGACCAGAAACCCUUCCUGACCUGAGUUUUACACACGAUCGGGAACACUUGACCUUUAACUUGGAGUCUUUUGAGGUCUGGGUCGAAUAUCACCUCGAAAACUGGUUAAAACGUCGCAUGGACCAAAAAGACACAGAUGCCUGCGCUGAGCUUCGCCAGCUUAUAGAGGGGUAUCAUGUAGUUGCGAGCGACUUCUACUUGGAAAACCCAGAAGAAACAUCGAUCAUGCUACUUACAAUACUGGAGCUGUGGAUUGCUUGCGACAAAAUGGCCGUAGUCUUGUAUCCAAUGCUGUUAGAGUAUGACCCCGGUAUCCCGAAUGACAUUUUCGAGAACUUUCUCCUGCCACUCAGGCAACAAAUGGCCCGAUUACAUCGAGCGGAGUUAUAUGUUCACUGUCGUUCCAAACAAUCUCGCUUUCCUGCUCCAAAUAUCUAUACUGAUUUCGGGUCACAAAACUCUUUUUCUGUCCGGUAUUUCAACCAAUCAGCCAAGCACCAGAGCCUGCUCAAUGGUAUUCAAGCCGAGGCACAAAGAGACCGAGGUGCGAAACAUGCUGAAUUUGAAAGGUUGCAAGCUAAAUAUCAGAGCAUAAUGAGGGAAUAUAACCAAUUAUCUUGCACCUAUGAAACCUACUACAGCCAUAAACUGUAUCAAAACGUUACCAGGCACAGUGGCAGCUGCAAGAAACACCGCUGCCUCAAAGAUGCCAAAAACGUCGUUAUCCAAAUACAUGAGUGGCCGCUGCCUACACGCCAGUUGGAAGCAAAAUCCGUGGUUUUUGAGCUAUCUCUGCCGUCAUCUUUCGGGUACUGGCGAGAAGCCACUGUUUUCGCCCUCUUUUCCGUUUUCAGAGUCAAGCAACACGGCGGACAUAAUCCUCGGAAUCGUUACACCUUGGGCAACUAUCGAGGGCUCUCGGAGUAUUUUUCCAGAAACAUCACCUCGCAGCAUGUAUAUCUUCUUUCUCAAGAUAAACCUCAUACUGUCACUCAUCGCUGUUCUUUAGCGGUUGGGACUGCGACCACAUUUCAAGUUUGUCUGGAUAAUGCUCUUCACUACGAGUACUUUAAUGAGUAUAGAAGUAGCAUGCUCACCAGUUUUGACCCAACCCAAGAGAUUCCACGACGCUGUACCUACAAAAUGCCAGAGCAGUCCUCAUCGUUGGAUCGAUUUUUGUUCAGGCCGGCUUCAGAGCCGAAUGGCCCAACACCCAACACUGUCAUAGCCACGCAGUCGAAUUGCCCUGAUCAGAUGGCACUGGACGAGUACAAGGCGCUCUGCUCGAUUCCACUAGGAUUCAGACUGCAAUGGAGCAAUAUUCUAGUUCAGCUAUUUUCUCCAUCUGUGGACUUCAGAAAGUCGGAAACACGGUUGGCCACGCUUCAAUGCAUCUACCAGGCAGGCCCAUCAUGCGGUGAUAUCCUGAGAGAGGCUCACAAAACUUUUGAAGAUGUCACAUUUUGCGAGAAACUUCUUGAAGGCCUCAAUGAAGCGACGUUGCGGUUCGAACAGAAUUGGCAAUCUUCUAUUGCGCUGUGUACUUUUAUUUCUAUUGCAAUUCGCCUGCUCUCCUUAACGACUUGUUUUAGCAUACGGUCAAAAUGCUUCGAAUACUUGGAGAAGGCUCGCCGGAUAACUUUUGCUUGGGCCUGUAGUCUCAAAGAUAAGGCCCAAAAUAGCUCAGGUGAAACGGAAAGACUCUUGAUGCAGAAGCGAGAGAUGGAGUUUGCAUUGAUUUGUUCUGAAACUUUCAACGUCGAUGACGCUUUCCGAAGUAACGUCCUCUCAAACAGCAGUAACAUAUCAAUCUUCAUCCAAUGCGCUAUUAUGAUUCAAGAGAGCUGUCAUUCGCACCUGAAGACUCUUGGGACGCCGCUGCAACACCUAUACUCUCGAUGGCAAAGGAAUUGUCUGCACUCGUAUCAAGUCCUACUCGAGAAAAUUAUCAUACAAAAGACCAGUGCGCUUGAUGACGCGCUUUCUAAGUCCUGGUCGGAAUACAAACGCAGCGACCAGUGGCACAUUCUGUCACACAGGCAUGGUUGUUGGCUUACGACGAGCACUGGCGUGCCAGGCGAGACACUUCCAGUUCAUUAUUGCCUCGUGACUGGAGAAUUACUUGUGAAUGGGAUGCCUUUAGAUCAUCUUCCAAGUCAAUAUCUACAACAUCCUAUCUACGCGGCACUUUUCGGACGUUUGUCUUUAGAGAUCAUGCCCACCUCAGUCGCCGGAUUGAAGUUCUCAUCGAGGAGACUACAUGCUGGGCAUAGUAUUCAUUUAGGUAUGGAGAAGGAUCCCAGGGAGCCAAGUCUUGAUCUCCUAGUGCAAGCCAGAAAUAAGGACUCAAAGUUGGAACUCAUACCACACAAAUAUAUUCAAGGAAAGUUCCCCAUCGACUUUGUAGAGAACUACAUCCAUUGGUACAACUAUAAUGAUAGCUAUAUUGAGUUCUGCGACAUCUCAACUCCCUGGACUCACUCUGCGACCAAUUGGCAGUUAAGGCACUUCAACGACACCAAUGUGUGGAAGCUAGUUCGCGGAGAGAUUUCGCUCGUCAAUAUCAAAAGUCCAUCGGCGCGUUUACUUGGGAGUCUGUUGGAGCCGCUGGAAGAUUCCUCAUGGAUCCACAUAUCUCAUCAUAGCCGAGAAUCGUCUUUACAGCUCGAUCUUCCGCGGCGUCGACUUGAUUUCUCAUUGAAGUCUGGGGAGACCUUAGUCAGGUCCAGGCAGUUCCGCGGCAUGUCCAUCGAUGAGAAUCAAGCCAUUGGAACCCUCGUUGGAUUACGGGAUAAGUUAAUUCUCAAGCACGACAAGCCCCGGCACAGCCUUCUCUCCUUAGCUCGGAAAGUACUCGUUCCAGAGGGCACUGUCUCAAAUCGGAAAGCGGCAGAUCAUGUCGAUGUCACAAUUUCCAAGGAUGAAUCUUCCAGGGUCUUGGCCUAUGAAGUGGACCAUGAGCUCGGCCGAAUUAUCAGUAGCAGUCGGCAAAGCAAGCUUUUUAUCGCUUAUCUCCAUGCCUUGACAUCAUUUGGUCUACCGGAUCCGUUGACACGGCAAAGUGGAACAGAGUCGUCGUUGUCAAUACUUACUUCAGCUUCCAUCAUGUCGAUUGAUUGGCUCACUACUGAGAACGUUGACAUAUUAAGACGCCUCGCUUUGUUGACACCUGGGAGAACCUACUACCCAUCUCAUGAGCGCGUCAUGCAGACAGUGACGUGGUCGCGUACCCUUGGGUGUUUAGCACAACAUAACCUUUUCCUCGAGUAUGUUGUCUCUGUUUUCAAGAUCGCAGAACGAUCAAAACUAUUCCAUCCAGAAGUAUAUGUUGAACCGCCCCGCCUCGAUCAUGUCGUCCCAGAAUUGUUGAAACGAGAUAGCAUCCGCUCCUCUACGUUCCGAGUGUCGAGAUUUGGAGCUGAAUGCCACGAAGUUGACUAUGACAUUAUAUAUAAGUCCAGGGAUACUUCUGAAUCCAGUCAGAAAACCAGGGCGUUUCAAAUUGGUCGCUAUUUUUACCUUGGGCUGAUCUCUCUCUUUCAGCCACCUCCGGUAAACCUAGAGAAUCAUCUUUGGACCUUUCUUGCAUCUUGCCCUAAAGUCCUCGGCCACGACAGGGUAUUUGAGUCCGAAGGUGUCAUGUACAGCUCCGACUUGAUUCUGGGUUCUUUGGAUUACAUAAAGAAGAAUUGGAUACUUCUACACCGCAAUCUCCAUGCUGUUAACAGGUUCCGAACGAUGAUUUGGAUUGUCACACUCUCAUUUGUCGAAAUCUCUGACAUACAUAUACUUCAGAUGCUUGCUAGAUUCCACACAGAUACCACACUGCAAAAAGUGUCCGCACCUUCAGCUGACAGCUUCAACCUUUCAAAGGGGACCGAAUACGUGAAUGAAAGAGUCCGUAGCGCUAUUGAACCAGGGUUCACGUCUUAUGGACUAUCUACUGAGCGGUUUCUCGCACAUUUUAAUUUCAAUGAUGAUUCUGAAAGCCUCCAGAAGCUACGAAACCUGGAUUACUAUUCCGAAAGAACCGCCUGUCAGAACCACGUCGUGUCCUGUUUACGGAAACAAUGGCCUAGCAGAACUCCGCAUAAGCCAGCUAUUUCUGGCUCAAAGGACAUUCACGAGGAGGAUUCCACAGCAAUGACCGCAUGGCCGAAUUACAUCGAUUGGAACGUGGUCAAAGGUUCGAUCAAAAACUUGUUCGAGAGCUGGUUCGAUAAUGGCCAGUUCAAGGAAUACCUGGGGCAACUAGCCCGUCAAUCACCAACUCAUGAUGUGCCAAUUGUGAUGCCGAGCCCCCAGUUAAAGACUAAAGCUUGGACGCUUAAGCGAAAACCUGGCUUCCUCGGUUACGAUGAAGUCUUUGGAGAAAUUUCCAUUUUCCUCCCCAAGCCAGAGACUGGAUCCUGA